AUGUCAAAUUCGGAAGAACGCCUUAACGAAUUAGAGGUCAUAAAAACUAAACUUGAUAUUUCAAUUGACUUGGUUUCCUCUGUAGUGGACUCCUGGUUACCACCACUUGAUCCUGGUGAACAAGAGAAAGAAAAGGAGGAAGAACGAAGGCGAGAAAAUCAACUAACAAAGUCGAUGCAAGAGCUACAUGCAACGAGGGUUGGUGGAACUGGUAGCGUUAAAUAUAGGUCAACUUCCGAAAAGAAACUAAAACGUAAAUUAAUACAAAGAAAUAUAUAUUAUGAAGAUGACAAUUUGAAUAAUAACAACGGAAAUAAACAGAUAACAAGGGAAAAUAAAUCUGAGGAUGAAGAUGAUAGUAAAACUUUUGCUACAUGUAAAAAAUCAAAAUUAGAUUCGGCUACUAAUUAUGAUGAAAAAACAUCAAUUUUAAAAAAUGAUUUUUUGUCAUUGAUAAUUGGGGACAUUAGUAUUCAAUUGUUAGAGGGAUUUAUUGAAGACUCGGCGAAAGCAUUUGCUAAGGACGUUUUCAUUAAUCAAGAUCAAAAGUUAUGGAUCGAAGACGAUCAGAUGCCGUCGUAG